GCCCCAGCCGGAUGCUGUGAAGCCACCGCCGUCUUCAGACGAGCUGUUUCCUCUCAUGUACUCGCUCAGGCUCGCUACCAGCGGCAGCACAGCACUCGGCUUCACGCUCGGCCGGUUCGGCGGGAAGACAGGCGGCGGCGCCGCAGCAGGAGGACUAGCGGCACCCGCAGCGGCGGCGCACGUAGGGAGGAGGAGCGUCUCCGCGACGUCGAACGCCGCCGCGCCGGUGCCAGGCGACCAGGGCGUCGGCAUGGACCCGAGCAAGCAGCAGCAGCAGCACAAGCCCCACGCGCCGGCGGGGGGACAGCAGGGCGACGACGUGCACAAGACCACCACUGCUCACGGGGACGUGAUGACCCACUCGUUCGGGGAGGGGUACUCGACGAGGUCGGACGAGGAGGGGUUCGGAGGGGUCUACGGCCAGAACGACCCGGUGCUCAACCCUGGGACCGAAGUGCACCCCAACCAUCCUGAGUAUGACAAGUCGCAGGGAUCGGAGGUGAAGGAGAAGGAGAAGGCGCGCCAUCUCAAGGACGACAAGCACGCGACCUAGGAUGAAAGUCUAGAUUGCUAGGUGGGAAUCAAUAAUUUGGAUUAUGGUAGAUGUUCAGGGUUUAGUUCGCUUUGUUUGGUCGCCAUGAGGUGUCAGGCUGCUACUGAAGUUCGCUGUGAUGUGAAAUUAGUACUGGUUGUAAGCUUCUUCUGCAAGAAGCUUAUAUGUGCGUGCGUGCGUGCUGACUUGAUUUGCUUGUGCUCGUGCUGCUUGUGUGCGAGGAGAAAUUCGCUAGGACGAGUGUUUAAGGCUCAGCUGUGUGCUGACAUUUCUGUGUUCUCAAUAAUCAAAAUGUUCA